UCAAACCCGAACCCUCCUCCAUUGCAGCAGCUGCUCUCUCUCUCUCUAUAGUCUCUUCCUCUCUCUAUAUAGUCUCUUCCUCUCUCUCUCUAGAUAUAUAUUUGUAUACAUAUAUAUAGCUAGAGACUGUAUCAGUUGAUCGACGGGCUACCAUGUCGCUGAGACCGAACUCGAGAACCGAGGUUCGCCGCAACCAAUACAAAGUUGCCGUCGAUGCCGAUGAAGGUCGGCGGAGGAGAGAAGACAACAUGGUGGAGAUUCGGAAGAAUCGAAGAGAAGAGAGCUUGCAGAAGAAGCGACGAGAGGGCCUUCAGGCUAAUCAGCAAUUCCCUACCUCAGUUCAGGCCACCUCCGCCGUCGAGAAGAAGUUAGAAAAUCUACCUGCAAUGGUUGCGGGUGUCUGGUCUGACGAUGGCAAUUUACAGCUCGAGGCUACUACUCAAUUUCGGAAAUUGCUGUCAAUAGAGCGCUGUCCUCCAAUAGAGGAAGUUAUUCAAUCAGGUGUUGUUCCUCGUUUUGUUGAGUUUCUUAUGAGGGAGGACUUCCCACAGCUUCAGUUCGAGGCAGCUUGGGCUCUCACAAACAUUGCUUCUGGAACAUCUGAGAACACCAAGGUGGUAAUUGAUCACGGGGCUGUCCCAAUUUUUGUGAAACUUCUUGGCUCUCCUAGUGAUGAUGUUCGGGAGCAGGCUGUGUGGGCUUUGGGAAACAUCGCUGGUGACUCCCCCAAAUGUCGUGACUUUGUUCUUGGCCAUGGAGCUUUGCUUCCUUUGCUGGCACAGUUAAACGAGCAAGCCAAGCUUUCUAUGCUGAGAAAUGCUACCUGGACGCUUUCAAAUUUUUGUAGGGGCAAGCCACAGCCUGUUUUUGAUCAGACAAAGCCUGCACUUCCAGCUCUUCAGCUUCUUAUUCACUCAAAUGAUGAAGAAGUUUUGACUGAUGCAUGUUGGGCCCUUUCUUAUCUUUCGGAUGGUACAAAUGAUAAAAUUCAAGCUGUUAUUGAAGCAGGGGUUUGCCCCCGCCUUGUUGAGCUUUUACAUCACCCAUCUCCUUCAGUUCUGAUUCCUGCUCUUCGCACGGUUGGGAACAUUGUCACUGGAGACGAUAUGCAAACUCAGUGCAUCAUCAACCAUCAGGCACUACCCUGUCUUCAGAAUCUUUUGACAAGUAAUUUCAAAAAGAGCAUUAAGAAGGAAGCUUGUUGGACUAUCUCAAACAUCACUGCUGGCAACAAGGAGCAGAUUCAGGCUGUGAUUGAGGCUAAUAUUAUUGGCCCUCUCGUUAAUCUGCUUCAAAAUGCUGAGUUUGAUAUCAAGAAGGAAGCUGCAUGGGGAAUCUCAAAUGCCACCUCUGGCGGUACUCAUGACCAAAUACAGUACCUAGUGAGUCAAGCAUGUAUCAAGCCAUUGUGUGAUCUUCUUGUUUGUCCCGAUCCGAGGAUUGUGACAGUCUGUUUAGAAGGGCUUGAAAACAUCUUGAAGGUUGGUGAAGUUGAGAAGAAUCUGGGUCGUAGUGGAGAUGUAAAUGUCUAUGCUCAAAUGAUUGAUGAUGCCGAGGGUUUAGAGAAAAUUGAGAACCUUCAGAGUCAUGACAACAAUGAGAUCUAUGAGAAGGCAGUGAAAAUUCUUGAGACAUACUGGUUGGAGGAGGAUGAUGAAACGAUGCCACCAGGUGAUGCUUCCGUUCCAGGGGUCCCAUUUGGAGGGGGUGAGCUUCCUGUUCCUUCCGGUGGCUUCAACUUCAACUAAAGGACUUCCAAGAAGCUGUUUCAUUGAAGUCCUCAGUCUGUGUGGUGAACAAAAAGAAGAAAGGUCCUCGUUGCAUGUGGUGGGAUUAUAGUUGUGGAGUCUAGUAGGUGUCUUGUCUUCUUGUUUCGGGUCCUGCUCGGUCCAUUCUCAAGUGUGGUUGAAGGCUUUGCUGCGCUAUCUCGGGUUUCUAACAAUGCCGGUAAAUGUAGAGCAUUAUUGGUGUCUGGUUUUGUUGCUUCUACAAUUCCAUGUCUUGAGACAUCUGGGUUUUUUUCGCUAUUGUUUAUUUUAAAUAGGCAAUUCGUUCAAUAGAGAAGUAUGAUAGGUUCUGGUAUCGUAGUUGCUACUGUCCAAGUAGUCUUUAUUUUGUACUAUUUGUUACUGGGUGAUUUGGGCACUUCAACAAACUGUUAUUCUAGCCCUUGUAAUUUUUGGGAGCAUGAGAAUUCUUUUUCCUUAAAAGCAUUUAUAUUGAUGGUUUUUUUGGGUCC